UUGAUUUAUUGCCCUUUUUACAUUUACUGUCUUAUUCCUAAAAGUGAAUGCUUUUUAUUCCAUGCUGAGCAUCUUUCGAUAUUUUUUUUUUAUUUUUUUUAUUUUUAUUAUAUAUUACUCCAUCAAAUAGCUAAGCUCGACGCUGCCAUUUUCAAAGGUUCACUUCCUCAUUUAAUCUUUCCUGACACCUCGCCCAUUUACUCUCGAAUUAAUAAGACCCCCUUCGAAGAAUCGAGGCACCAAUGCCUAGCUACUCGUCUAGAUUCUUCCGAUUCCCAUACUACAUCUUCCAUUGAAUCCUCUCCAUCUCCUUAUGUGUCUAGGCCACAUAAAGCUCCUUGCUCAACUUUACUCUGUUGCCUGCUUGACUCGAAUAUGUCCUCAUCAAGAGAAGGAGGAAUGGACCCGAACACCGUGGAGAACCUGCCUCUCGCACAUUUGAUGGGCGAAGUAGUUAUCGAACCGAUCAAAGAUCAGUACGUCCCAGAUUAUAUUCAAUACUGUUACUGUUUAUUCAUCUGUUUUGGAAAGUAA